UUUUGUACCAUUUGCAUCACACUGUGAGGCAAAAACCCAAGACUAAACUACAAAUGAGGUCGGAUUAAAGUGAGCAGACCUGGAAGAGGAUGCUGCAAAACGGCAACGCUUCCAAAACAACCCAGAAGGGACAAAGUGGACCGUAAAGGACGGAAAUAAAAACGGACAGAUCAGCCAAAGUUUGACGCAAUCCUUCCCCGGAUAGCCAGGAAUAGACUCAAGUGUCAUCAUGGAAGUAUUUCCCAAGGAAAAAUAGAGAUUCUGUCACUUUAGACCCAAAGGUAACCAGAGGAAGUUGGGAAAACCUCAUACAACAAGUUGUGUUGCAGAACUUUUCCCCGUAGCGGAUACAAGCAGCACAUCUGAUUUUGGAUGCAGCUGUGGGUUCUAAAUCUGAUCAGCGUCGCUUGGAAUGAAUAAAAGUGGAGUUUGUGAUUCUCCAGCAGACACUCCCAGAGGAAAAACGGAGUUUUAGGCUCUGUGCACUGGAUUAUCAUCGCUCGUCGAGGUUUCUGGACGUGGACACACACCGAGGAGUGAGAAUCAAAGGGCCCUUUUAAUGAAAUAAGCAGUCAGAUGUGAUGGUUAAAAUGCUAUUUGGGUGAAGUCGUCGGAAACUCUUAGGGAAGCCCAAUGAGUGGCACACAGUCAACACUCACUGACAGGACCCCGAGCAUUCUGAACAAGGACCCCACAGACAAGAAACCCAAGAAUGAGAAAUCCUCCGUCUCUCUCAAACAUGAGUUUGACCCUACAGGUCUUGUCCAGCGUUGUGUGAUAAUCCAGAGAGAUGAAAACGGCUUUGGCCUGACUGUUAGCGGAGACAACCCUGUGUUUGUGCAGCUGGUGAAAGAAGAUGGAGCUGCGAUGCGAGCAGGUGUUCAGACAGGCGAUAGAAUCAUUAAGGUUAAUGGGACCCUGGUUACACAUUCAAACCACAUAGAGGUUGUAAAGCUCAUUAAAUCCGGUUCAUAUGUCGCACUCACGGUGCUGGGGAGGCCUCCAGGACUCCCUCAGAUCCCCCUGGACGAGGAAGAAGAGGAGGAGAAGGAAGAAGGAGCGGAGGUCAGCAUGCCCUCCUCUCUGUCUGCACCUCACUCACCUGCACUGCCAGGUGGGCAGCAGCACAGCCCCAUCACCAGCAUUCCCCAGGAGCCAAUCAGCUCCUCUCUACUGGACGGGGAUGAGAACAAAACCACACACAGCCAGAAAGCCGACGCACUGCAGAAGAUGAUAACCAAGGAGCAACAGGACCUGCAGGUAAAGGAGGAGGAGUACAGCAGAAACCCUCAGCCCAAACUACUGAAGGAGAUCCAGGAGGCAAAGAAGCACAUUUCACUGCUGCAGGAGCAGCUCAGCAAAGGAGCCUUACAGGAUGGAGCCACAGCGUCUGAGGAGGGAGACGGUGGGCCUCCUGUGAGGGAGCAGACCCCGGCCUCGCAGGGUGACAGCAGUAAUGACGGGCUCUUGAACAACAAUAACUCUAUCCUCAGCAGCCCGCUUCUAGAGAGUCCUGGUAAAAGAGAGACGCCUUGCCAGAGCCCCGACAUCAGCCGAAGAGACGGCCUCAACUUCUGCCCGUCGCCUGACACUGAGGAGACCCCAGACACGGACUUAAAUGCCCAGUGCGUUGUGGGUGGCCCUCCAUACCUCCUCAACCCUCAGAUCAUCGGAGCAGAAGAUGACUACUUUGAUUCUCAGCAAGAGCAGAUUAAUGGACAGUGUAGCUCUUUCCAGAGUUUGGACUUGUUGAAGUCUCGGCCGGCUCACCUCGCAGUCUUCCUCCAUCAUGUGGUCUCACAGUUUGACCCUGUGCCUUUGCUCUGUUAUCUCUACGCUGAAAUGCACAAGCAAACCAGCUCCAAAGAGAGCCGACGCUUCUUCAUUGAAUUUCACUCGCUUUUUUUGGACCGAACAGCAAAUCUUAAAGUACCAGUGCCAGAGACGAUUGCAGCAGAGCUGGAGAAGCGAAGGCUGGAGUUAAUACCUGAAGACGUCUGCAAACAGUACACCCAGACGUUACAGGAUGCACUCUUACCAGACCUGUACAGGAACCUGGAAGACUUUAGACAGAAGCGCAGCAUGGGUCUGACCCUGGCUGAAGACGAGCUAUCGAAGCUGGACUUGGAGCGAGGAGAAAACCAGCAGGCCUUAGAAAAAGAGUGCUCCUGUGCUGAACACAUCCUGUCAAAGAUCGAGGAUAUCCUGUUGACGUCACAGCCCACAGAAGAGGAGAAGUGCCAAACAAUGCAGUAUGUGAUUCUGACCUACAUGAAGCACCUCGGGGUGAAGGUGAAGGAGCCGCGUGGCCUGGAACAUAAACGAGCACGGAUCAAUUUUCUACCCAAAAUUAAGAAGAGUAUCAAGCCUGAGAAAGAAGGUGAGGAAAAGGUGAAGAAGCCUCGAUUUCCCAACAUCCUCGGGCCUCCGAGACGUCUGAGCAGAGUGGAUUCAACUUCAGUCGGUAAGGCCGUGGAGAUGAACAAACAGCGUUCACCAAAGCAGCUCCCUCAGCCAACCUUUGGCAUCCCCGAGCAGUCGGACUCCCCCACUGCAAACUCUGGACGGACUCGUGGAAAUCAGCUCAGCGAGAGUUCGGACACCAGCAUCCUGUCUCUGCCCUCAACCACCUCUCCAAUACACAGCUCACCCACAGGUCCAGCCUCAGACACCAGCGGGCACGACUCAGACUCCAACGUGUCUCCAUUCUGCAUUCAGCCCAGACUCAGUGAUGGUCUACAAACUGGAGACCACCAGGACGGCGUCUCCAGUCCAUUCAGCACUCAGUUUGACUUCAGCCCCUCCAAUCUGGAGCAGUUACAGGAAGAAGACCAGGAGAAUUUCAGGAUGGAGGUUCAGUGUGCAGUGGGUUCGGCUGACAUCCAGAGUGAAGACGACCUCGGAGGGGAGGUGGAGGGAGGCGAGGAGGAUCCUCUGAACUGGCAGAGUUUGGUCAGCCGAGGAGUCCUGGCGAGUUUAACGCCUCAGGAGAUCAAACGGCAGGAAGUCAUCAACGAGCUGUUCUACACUGAGCGUGCUCAUUUGCGGAUGCUGAAGGUGUUGGACUCUGUUUUCUAUCAGAGGCUGAACAGAGAUGCAAUCCUCCCUCCAGAAGACCUCAAACACAUCUUCAUUAACCUGGAGGAAAUCAUUCAGCUGCAUGUUUCUGUCACAGAGCAGAUGACUUCGAUCAGGAAGAGGAAUGAGACUUCAGUGAUCGGUCAGAUAGCAGAUGAUCUGCUGGCAUGGUUCAGUGGAGAGGAAGAGGAGAAGAUUAAAAGAGCUGUGGGAACUUUUUGCAGCAACCAGCCAUCUGCUCUGGAGCUUAUCAAGAGCAGAAAGAAGAAAGACCAGAGGUUUACCUUAUUCAUGCAGGAGGCAGAGAGUAACCGUCUGUGUCGCAGGCUGCAGCUCAAAGACAUCAUCCCUGUAGAGAUGCAGAGAGUGACCAAGUACCCGCUUCUGCUGGACAAUAUAGCCAAAUACACAGAAGAUGGCGAGGAGAGAGAAAAAGUGAGAAAAGCUGCAGAAUGCUGCAAAAAGAUCCUCAACCACGUCAACCAAGCCGUCAAAGAGGCUGAAAACAAACAGAGGCUAAUAGAGUAUCAGAGGAGGUUGGACAUCUCUUCACUUAAACAGAGUGAAAAUCCCAUGAUCCUCGAGCUGAAGAAUCUGGAUUUGACCAAGAGGAAGAUGGUGCAUGAAGGGCCACUCUCCUGGAAAGUCAAUAAAGACAAGACAAUUGAGCUCUACUCACUUCUUCUUGAGGACAUCUUGGUUUUGCUGCAGAAACAGGACGAGCGUCUGGUCCUUAAAUUUCACGGCAAAAAUCCUGCCAGUGCUGCUGACACCAAAAACAUCUUCAGCCCCGUCAUCAAGCUCAACACUGUACUGGUUCGCCCAGUGGCCACUGACAACCGGUCUUUUUUCGUGCUGUCCAUGUCUGAAAAUGGGGCUCAGAUCUACGAGCUGAUGGCUCAGACGGUGUCAGAUCAGAGAACGUGGCAGUGCCUGAUCACACAGUGUGCUGAUGCCAUGAAGGCUAAACCUGACAACAGAGACAAACCUGCAGCCCAAACCCAAGCUGAGCAGGAUGCUAUUGAGAUCAUGAAACAAGGUUUGCCCAAAGUGACCAAAGAUCCUGCCGGUUCACCAGAUGGAAACAUUAACUCUUCAGAUCUUGCGUCUCCAUGCAUCCCAGAUAAAGAUGGCGCCUCUACUCCAGACAUUCAGCCAUCAAGUACAAACCCGUUUGAUGGUAUGAAAUCAGAGGAUGAGGAAGAGGAGCCAGCUUCAUCAGACAGACGGGAGGAGGAUGUAGAGGAAGAGGAGGCUGAUGAAGAGAUAGAUGAAGCAGAGCUGGAGGCUUUCCUGGAUGGGCAGCUCGCUGAGGGACUGCCUUUCCUCGAGGAGGCGUCACCUCAGGGUGUCGCUACUGAAAAUCAAGAGCACAACGCACUCGAUUUACCCUCGUCUAAAGGCGAAGAGGCCCUCAGGACGUUGGCGAUGUUGAAGCAGGCUCUUUUCAAUCACAUGAUCAGUCGAGAGGCUGAGGAGGAGACAGAGGAAAAGAGAGAGAGUGCGACCCCUGGGCGUCAGCAGAGUGUCUCUUUGCCUGGGAGUCCUGAGGGGCCGUCUGCUGUGAGUGAAGAGGGUCAAACGUCUGCAGGUUCCCAAAGCGACAACAGCCAGACUUCAACCAUCACGGGAAUGUCUGAGAAUGCUGAACGCAACGGUGGUUUCAUGGUUUUGGAUUUUGGAGGCUCAGAGGAGAGCAGCACUGAUGACGACGGAGGAGUAGGAAUUGACGUGGGGAUAGACAUGAGUAAACUGCUCUCCUCGUCCUCGCAGACAGGAGGCGUCGGCGGCCCUAACCUCAGCAGGCAGCUUAUGACUCACCUGCGCCUCCUGCAGGCCGACCUGCAGUAUCUGAAGGAAGUGGAGAUGAAAUACAACCAGCUGCAACAAACUCACAAUAACUCAGCUACAGAGUCAGAGGACAACAACGGUUUAUCAGAUGGGAUUCAGUGAUCAAAGACUUUGUGAUAUAUCUUGGUCUUAUGAGCCAAGUUUAAUGCCACUUCACAAGCUUCUUCUGGACUCUUCAACACUGAUGUUACUAUAACGACAGAGGAGAAAUGUCUGAUCACCUUAGACGUUUAUCAGCAGAAGACUCCAUCACCAAUUCCACCACUGUUGCUCCUUCAAAAGAGAGACACUCUGGAAGUAUCAGAGAACAAUUCAGUUGUUUUAUUGUUGUAAUAAUAUUAACUAUCAAUGCAUAAGUUAUCGUUAACACUGGAGAUAUGUAUUGGAAAAGAAGUGACUGUGUGAAAUCACACGGAGAUGCAUCAAGAAAAAAAGACAUGAAGACCAUGGACAGAAGGACUCUGAGGAUCCAGAAGAAGGAUUUUCUUGUUCAGGACUCACUGCUGUAAGCUUGAGAUUUCAUUUUGCGAUACUUUAUAACACUUUUGUACACGUCUAACCCCAUAUAGUCAAAUAUUUCUAAAGAUAGACCCCCUACUUUGUCACUGCACUGAGAAACAAACUUGGCAAAUGAGGCAAACCAAAUCCUGAAUCCUGCUCUAAAGACACAUGAAUAGACAGUGACUUGAUUUUGAUCUCCUUGCUCAUUUUCCCUUAACUGCAAAUACAAGUGCAUUUUAAAAAAAAUAGAAUAUCAUAAAAAUUGUCCUUUUGUGCUUUGAUUUAAUUCAAAAAGUUCAAUUGCCAUAUAUUCUAGAUUCAUCUCUUACAAAGGGAAAUAUUUCAAGACUUCUCUGUUUAAUCUAGAUUAUUACGGCUUUAAGCUCAUGAAAAACAGUGUCAUAAAAUAUUUGAAUAUUGUGGAAACGCCCAAUUUGCAAAGGUUUCCUGAGUCUACCUUCUCUCACUGGUUUAGUACACACAACCACAAUCAUGAAGAAGACUGCUGAUUUUACAAAUGUCCAGAAGACAAUGGCUGACUUUGUUCAUAAGGAGGGUAAGCCACAGAAGGUCACUGCUGAAAGGACAGGCUGUUCUCAGAGGCUCUAUCAUUAAUGGAAAGUUGACUGGACAGGAAAAGUGUGGUAAGAAAAGGAGUACAAGAAAAAGGAAUGAGCUCAGCCUUCAUAGGAUUGUCAAAUGAAGCAGAUUCAGGAACUUAGGCGAGCUUCGCAAGGAGUGGAAUGAGGCUGGAGUCAGUGGAUCAGGAGCCACUGCACAGACAGGUCUGGGAAAUGGGCUACAAGUGUCGUGUUCCUAGUGCAGAGCCACUUCUGAACCAAAGAUUCUCACCUGGGCUAAGGUGGUCAAAUGUCCUGUUUUCAGAUGAAAAUAAAUUUUGAAUCUCAUUUGGAAAUGAAAGUCCCAGAGUCUGCAUGAAGAUCUAUGAGGCACAGAAUCCAAGGUGCUUGAAGUCAGUGUUUUCAGUCUCCAAAGUCAGUGAUGGUUUGGGGUUUCAUGUCCUCUGCUGCUGAUGGUCCACUGUGCUUUAUCAAGUCCAGAGUCAAUGCA